GUUUCUUAAGUGGCUUCAAGUUCUGGUCACUAGGUGUCCCACUGACUUCGAAUGUUGAUGACACAUUGGGCGCUGUUCAGUAGAGGAAGAAAGGGCAGACACAACACCUUCGAUAAAGGUAAAGCAUGGCAAUGACGGGCCAGAGCUCAUGCUCCUCUAUGAGUAACCACACCAAGGAACGGGUCACCAUGGCCAAGGUGACCUUGGAGAACUUCUACAGCAACCUUAUUGCCCAGCACGAGGAGCGAGAGAUGAGGCAACAGAAACUGGAGAAAGUGAUGGAUCAAGAAGGCUUGGCUGAUGAAGAGAAACGCAUUCGCCGUUCUCAACAUGCGAGGAAAGAAACUGAAUUCCUUCGCCUGAAGCGGACCAGACUCGGUCUGGAAGACUUUGAGUCGCUGAAGGUGAUCGGCCGUGGAGCUUUUGGAGAGGUGCGUCUGGUACAGAAGAAGGACACUGGCCAUGUCUAUGCCAUGAAGAUUCUUCGCAAAGCUGACAUGCUGGAGAAAGAACAAGUGGGUCACAUACGUGCUGAGCGGGACAUCCUCGUGGAGGCAGACAGUCUGUGGGUGGUCAAGAUGUUCUACAGUUUCCAGGACAAGAUGAACCUCUACCUCAUCAUGGAGUUUCUGCCAGGGGGAGACAUGAUGACCCUUUUAAUGAAGAAGGACACUCUGACAGAAGAGGCCACUCAGUUUUACAUAGCAGAGACGGUCCUGGCCAUCGAUUCCAUCCACCAGCUCGGCUUCAUUCACAGAGACAUCAAGCCAGACAACUUAUUACUGGACUCCAGGGGUCAUGUGAAGCUGUCUGAUUUUGGAUUGUGCACGGGACUUAAGAGAGCACAUCGGACAGAUUUCUACAAGAACCUGAACCACAGCUUGCCCAGUGACCUCAGUAAGCAAACUUUUCAGAACAUGAACUCCAAGAGGAAAGCAGAGACCUGGAAGAGAAAUCGGAGGCAGCUGGCCUUCUCCACUGUGGGAACACCAGACUACAUCGCUCCUGAGGUUUUCAUGCAAAACGGAUACAACAAGCUGUGUGACUGGUGGAGUCUGGGUGUCAUCAUGUAUGAGAUGCUAAUAGGUUAUCCCCCGUUCUGUUCGGAGACCCCUCAAGAGACGUACAGGAAAGUCAUGAACUGGCGGGAGACGCUCAUCUUUCCUCCAGAAGUGCCUAUUUCAGAGAAGGCCAAAGACCUCAUCCUCAGGUUCUGCUGUGAAGAGGAACACAGGACAGGUGCUGUUGGUGUGGAGGAAAUCAAGUCCAAUCCAUUCUUUGAGGGUGUGGACUAUGACCAUAUAAGAGAGAGACCUGCAGCCAUCCCCAUUGAGAUCAAAAGCAUUGAUGACACCUCCAACUUUGACGAAUUCCCAGAUUCAGAUAUCCUCACACCAACGGCCACUCAGGUGUCCAACCACUCAGACGCCGACCUGAAGAAUAAGGACUGGGUGUUCAUCAACUACACCUACAAACGCUUUGAAGGCCUCACCGCUCGAGGAGCGAUACCAUCCUACAUGAAGUCCACUAAGAGAUGAAGCUGCAGACCACAAACAAAAGUCCUUGCCUAAACACUUGAUGUCUCCCACAAGUGGACGUGGGGACGGUUGCUUUUUUCCACAAUAGGAACUGCUGCCUUCAUUUCUUUCCACCUUCACUUUGAUGCUUCCAGGGGCCACCUUCCUGCUUUCUGCUCAUGCACACCAGACUCCAGUGGAAGUGGCAAAUGGGGAAAAAAAAUUAUAUUUUUUAAAACUCUGAUACCAGCAUCAUCACAUUCCCUCUUUGAAACCAGCGGGCUCUCAUUUGCCCCCCCACCCCUCACUUUUUCACUCACAGGUUGUACACAUUGGGUAGGCGCUUGAUGGGAAUCAAGUGCUCUUCAGGGAUUUAUUUUUUCCAAAUGUUUGCUGCAAGAGCUCCCGUCUCAGAAGUGCUGCUGAAUGGUGUCCAACCAAAGACUGGAUAAAGAACCCCCUCCCCCCCCCUUCUCAAUGUAAUAAUUACCAGUGGUGCUUGUACACUAAACUAGCUUGAUGACAAGAGGGAAUUAAGUAAUAUUGCAAUAUUGUUACACCGGCCAUGAGCUGCCUUUAGCACCUUAUGUGAUGUUAGUCAGGCCAGCGUCAUCAUGGACUCAUUCGAGGUUUUUUUUUUUGGCCUACAGUUCACACCAAAGGAAUCAAGGUAAUGCAUGGAGGCAGAUUAACCCAAUUGUCCUAAGUAGUCCCCACAAGGUGAUGGGAGCGCACAUUUUUUUUUUUAAAGGAAUGGAAUCAACCCGCUGCAACUGCUUGCCCUUGAUACUAGUUUGCAUCUCCAGUUCCAGCAGAUUGUCCACAAUAUCCAACAUGCUGUCUUUUUUUUUUUUUUUUUUAAUGAAUGUAAAGCGAGUUUUAAGGUGUAACUUUAUUUUCUCUCCAAUAAUUCCAAAUGCUGAUUGUCUGAAUGUAAGCUAUAACUAUGUUAGCGUGUUUGCUCCAUAGCAGCUUUGACAUGGAUGGAUGACACAGUAUGCAUUGUAAUGAACAGUGAUUUCAUUUUACAAAUAUUUUUUUGUACAAGAUAUGCAAAAUGGAGCAUGUUGGCCACACAGUCCGGAGAUCUGGAAUAUCAGAUCUCUGUGUGGAGUUUGCAUGCGUGGGUUUUUUUUUACUCCCACAUUCCAAAAAACAUGCAUGUUGGGUUAAUUGGUGACUCUAAAUUGUCCAUAGGUAUGAAUGUGAGUGUGAAUGGUUGUUUGUCUAUAUGUGCCCUGUGAUUGACUGGCGACCAGUCCAGGGCGUACCCCCCGCCUUUUGCCCCGAAUCAGCUGGGAUAGGCUCCAGCGUACCUGCAGCGUACCCUAGAGUAAGGACAAAGCGGUAGACAGGAAGGCUAUGCAAAAUGGUGUAAUCAAAGCAAUGCCAUUGUGCCACUUUUAACACUGAGCAUUUCUUUUUAAAUGACUUAAAGGUCAAUUAAGUCCACUUUGAAGCUAACAAUACACUUUAGCAUGAAGUUUCACAUUGCCUUUUUUUACAUGAACCAUGUAAUCUGUUUUUUAUGAGGACAAAUGAGCUUCCAUAUCUAUAGUAGUUGUGUGAAGGUUUGUUGUCUAUAAUUAAGACUUUGUAUGAUGAAGCUGAGCACACCGUAAUAUAUACAGACGCUUUCAGUGGACAUUUUCCUUUCAAUGUGGCAGGGUACAUUUUCUUUCAUCUGUUACUGUAAUCUUAGUCGCCUUUUAAAAAGCAAUCUAGAGUACAUGUUGGAAUGACGAGAUGUUUGUGUUGUCACAAAUGUGUAUGUUUUGCGUCUGUCGUCAUCUAGAAGUGUGAGCUGCGGGGGGGGGGUUGGUUGGGAAGGUGGGAUGUACAUUAUUUUUAUUUAAACCACUUCUCUUUUCACAGCGUGCGGCUGUUUUGUAUUGUUCUGCUAUUUGACAAUGAAUUACUCUGCACUUAAUAUGUUGUCUCUUUAACUACACCACCCUUAAUGAGCGAUAAAGCAAUCUGAUGAAGAUGAAUCGCUCACGUGCCGUCUGCCUUGUUUACGGGCCGAACACAAGGGCGCCGACUUUCGAACCUACUUCCUGUUUAACACGCACGCGCAGUAGUAUGCAUGUUGUCAGCUGCUAAUUUAACGCACUGACGUUAGCUAUCAAUCAUUCCCACAUAAUUACUGCAAAUUAGUGUCCGAGCAAGUGCUUCGGAAAUCAACGUGAAUACCAUCCAAUGCCGGAAAUGAGCAUAAUAGGUCCUUUUUAAUGUUAUUGAUGCAAUUCAUGUAAUGACCACAAGGUGGCAGUAGUGUACCAUAUUUGGGCGUGUGCAGAACUCGUGUACAAGAUCGCUGAAAUUGUAUUAAGCACGCCUGUGCGUACAAUGCCAU